GGACUAAUAAAGUAGGCCAUAAUCCUCCUCGUAUUGACGAGACGUUAGGCCAGGACGAUACGCAGACAGAAGUCAGGAUUUGCAUAUCCCCAAUACGAUGGGAUCUGACAAAAAGAGUGGACGAGCAUCGAAAAAGCAGCGUGCUGAUGCGGCUGUGUCAGAUGAUGAGCCUGGAAAAUUGCCUGAACACUUGGAGAAACAGCAGCAAUAUGUCACUUGUGGAAACAACCUCAACUACAACGUCAGCAUUGGAUCGUCAGCACAUAUGUUCUCAGCACUGGGCGUGGACAACAGCUGGUCGCACAAGAAAUUUCAGCGGGACUUUAAGGUUGCCAUGAAGUGGGUUAGGGGCAACGACAUGGAAUUUGACGUCAUUGGGAUCGAUCCAGCCAUCGCCAAUGCGCUCAGGCGCAUUCUUAUUUCUGAGAUUCCGACGGUGGCCAUUGAGCACGUCUACAUAAUCAACAACACCUCGAUCAUUGCGUGUGAGGUGCUCUCCCAUCGGCUGGGGCUUGUGCCAAUACAAGUAGACCCCAACCUGCUGCAGGACAAAUCAGGGGAAGAGACUGCCACAGAGACCAACUCAAUAGUCUUCAAGCUGGACGUCAGGUGUCGGAGAGAGGGGGACAUGAUGGUGAACGAGAAGGUGAAGUCGGGGCAGCUGAGGUGGCUGCCCAAUGGGAGCGAGAUGCCGGAGGAGACCAACUGCCGGUAUGCCAGCAGCCAGGAAGCGCUGCUGGGGCCAGCGGGUGCGCGGCUGGUGCACGAUGACAUCCUGCUGGCCAAGAUGCGGCCGGGGCAGGAGAUCGUGCUGGAGGCCCACUGUGUGCGCGGCACUGGCGCUGAGCACGCCAAAUGGUCCCCCGUCGCCACCGCCUGGUAUCGGCUGCAGCCGGAGGUGGCGAUCCUGCAGCCGGUGGUGGGGCCCAAGGCAGACGCGCUGGCAGCUGCCUGCCCGGGCCUCUUCACAGUGGAGGGCAGCGGGGCCUCGCGCAGAGCCGUGGCCGGCGAUGCGCGCCAGCACGAGAAGCAGCUGGAAAAGGUGCGGAGGAUGUCUGGGGAGGAGGAGUGGAGCGAGCAUGUGGAGCUGCGCAAGCGCAAGGACCAUUUCAUCUUCACAAUCGAGUCCACCGGCAUCCUGGCGCCCGACCAGCUCUUCCUGCGCGCCCUCGACGUGCUGGCCGCCAAAUGCGACAAGCUCUUGGAGCACCUCUGAGACCUUGAGGGCGCCUGGUGCAGUGCUUUUGAGGCGCAUGGAGCACCUCAUAGCCAUGCUUUCCCGGAGCUGAUUGCAUCGAUAAGCUAGGGCUGUUUUGUGCAUUUUGUCUGAGUAGACUUAGAACCUAUCCUGGACAAAAGCAUGGCUGUUUGGCCUCCCUGCAUAAACAUGUCAGCAUGUAAUAAUUCUCUCUUCUACUUUCUGCUUCUUCUUCCUCUUCUUCUUCUUCUUCUUCUUCUUCUUCUCAGAGAAUGCUAGGAACUGGGCCUGUACAGGUCGGAAUGCAUGCUGUUUGCAACCGCCAAUGAAUAUUCUUGAUGCACGGUUUAGCAGUGUUAAUGGCAUUUCAUGAGAUCCAACAAUAGCAGCAUGGAUCUACUGCGAGUAAGAGCAUGGUUUCGUGGCAUGAAUGCUCGGCCCCAUUGGAGGCUCCCUUUGAGAAGUCUAUCUUCUUGAUGCCAUUGGUACCUUGCUCAACAUCACACCUUUAAAGGAGGGUAGCCC